AUGGCGAGCGCUCCUCAUCACGUGCUGCUGCUCCUCACUCGCACUCCUCGCAUUCACCCCCUACUCCUCCUCCUCACGCUCUCCACUGCCUUUGACGCCUGCUCCUACGACGGUCGCGUCUCGUGGGACGGCCCGAAGGCGUUUCUCGCGCUGCUGCCGUGCGAUGCGACGGAUCCGCACAGCCAGUGGGCGGGCGCGACGCUCAGCGAUGGUGCCGCGGCGAGCGAGAUCACAAACGGCGCCGCGUGUCUCUCGACGAUCAGCGACGAGCCCGCGCGCGUCGUGAGCCCCUGCGACGCGACGCGCUGGUCUCUGCGCGCCAACCAGACGCUCGCCGUCACCGCGGCCGCCGCCGGCACGCUCGUCGGCAAAGGCGUCGGCGCCUGCCUCGACCUGCGCGGCGGCGGCGGCCCCACGGUCGAGCUCUGGACCUGCCACCCGGCCGGCGACGCGGACGCGCCGAACCAGCAGUGGACCUACGAGGCGGACGGCACCAUCCGCAGCCCGAAGAACCCGGGCAAGUGCGUCACGCUCAAUCGCACGGCGAUGAACCCCUACGUGGCGACGCCCUGCGCCUGGCCGAACAAGCCGCCGAGCACCGCGCCGCCGCGCUCCGACGCGCUCCGCGGCGUCGCGCUCCUCGAGGACGCGACGCCGAUCCCGCUCUACGGCGCGGACACGUUCUACCCCGCGGAGGACCGCGACGGCAACUUCUACUCGGGCUUCGACGACGGCGGGCUCGGCGGCGGCGGGACCUCGUCCGUGUCCGUCAGCUCGUCGUCGCCCACGGGCUUCGGGUCCACGACGGGAUCCGCGGUCGUGUCCGGCGGCCGCGACUGGCGCAACCUCUCCGUCGCGGCCGUCGGCGGGCCCAUCGUCGAGGACGGCUUUCCCAUGCAAGGUCCAGCGCUCGGCCGCUACACGUCGGCGAACUUGUUCGUCAACGGGACCUGGUGGACGGGCAGCUACGGCCUCGGCCUGAGCUCGAAGACGAACUCGCUGUCCAUCGAGAUCGGCCCGUUCGUCGGCUUCCGCCACAGCGUCGACGGCGGCGCGACGUGGAAGAAGCCGAUGAGCGGCGGCGCGGAGUUGAACGUGUCGCGGAACCUCUGGGGCGAGCGCGCGGCCGACGCGCCGCCCCGCGGCCCGCCGAUCGACGGCGAACCGCUCGGCUCGCCCGCGGGCGUCAAGAUGGGCUCGCCGCACGUCGUCGACCACGGGCCCGAGAACGUGCGGAGCCCCGACGGCAAGGUGUACGUCGUCGCCGGCGGCUGCCUCGCGCCGCGCGCGAACGAGAACUGCACGUGGAUCUCGGGCGACGGCAUCUUCCUCGCGCGGGCCUCCUUCGACGCCGCGGACCCGGACUCGCUCAACGACGCGAGCAACUGGGAGUUCAUGGGCGUCGACGGCUGGGUCGGCGACGUCGACGACGCGAAGCCCGUCUUCGAGUGGGAGGGACGCGUCGGCGCCGUCACGGCGACCUGGGCUCCGGCGCUGCAGCGCUACCUCUUCUGCGUGACCGCGCCGACGACGCACGCCUGGGCCAACGAGGGCCCCUACGACACGUUCGUGCUCGAGGCGCCGCGCCUCACGGGCCCCUUCUCGCUCGUGACGUACAUGCCCAAGUUCGGCAUGCAGGCCUACUUUGUCUCCGCGCCGUCGGCCUGGAUGGCGGACACGCUAAACGACGGCGACUUUGACGCGGUCCUGACCUUCUCGGCCAACUUCGCGUGCAACAUCGAGGGCUGCGCGCCCAACGUGAAGCACGCGACCUACGGCGCGAACGUGCUCCCCGUGCGAUUCCUCGGCGCGUGA